CCUACCGUUUCUUCAACGAAGACGAGUGCCAUCAGCUGGACCGUGGGCAGUCGCGACGACAUGCCUUGAGGCUGUGCGCAUAACUCUACCUAAAGCUAUCUCUGUCUCUUCAUCUGUCUCUCUCUCUCCCUCUCUCUCUUAGAUCGCAACUCCGCUCUUCUGCCAUCUAGGCCAUAUACACCGCGAGCCUGACGGACGAGUGGCCACCCCUCCCCCAAAGCCUGUCAUCCUCGCCGCGACUCUCCUCGACCGACACAUAUCUGCCUACCCUUGGCCUUCGACCGUUCGGCUUGAUCAGCGACCUGCGCUUGCGACCAAGAGCGAUCCGAGCCACGAAGCCACCACCACCCCCCAUGGCGACCGCCACCGUGUCCGCGGCGGCCGACGCUCGCCUGCGGCGCGAAACGUACCACGAGGCCGAUGUCGUCGUCGUCGGCGCGGGCGUCUUCGGUUGCGCCGCCGCCUACGCGCUAGCCGAGCAAGGCCGCUCCGUCAUACUCCUCGAGCGGUCGAUGCACGAGCCCAAUCGCAUCGUCGGCGAGCUGCUGCAACCGGGCGGGCUCGCGGCGCUCAAGAAGCUGGGCCUCGGCCACUGCGUCGACGGCAUCGAUGCCGUGCCAUGCAAGGGCUACAACGUCAUAUAUCACGGCGAGCCGUCGCUCAUCCCAUACCCGCCCGUCGACGACUCGGGCGACGUGCCCUACAAAUGGUCCGGCUCCGGCGGGGAUGGCGAGGGCAAGCGACCCGAGGGUCGCAGCUUUCACCACGGCCGCUUCAUCUCCCAGCUGCGCAAGUCCUGCCUCGCCCACGACAACAUCACCGUCGUAGAGACCGAGGUGACGAGCACCAUCCGCGGGGAACACUCGGAGCAGGUACUUGGUGUCAAGUCGCGCACCAAGGACCCCGAAACGGGCGCCAAGAAGCCCGACUACUUCUUCGGCCAGCUGACCAUCAUCGCCGACGGCUACGACUCCAAAUUCCGCAAGCAGAUCCUCGGCAAUGCGUCGGUCGUCAAGAGGAGCAAGUUUUACGCCCUCGAGCUCAUCGACUGCCCCCUUCCCAAGGAGAAUUUUGGGCACGUCAUCAUUGGCAACGCCUCCCCCGUCCUUCUAUAUCAGAUCGGCACCCAUGAGACGCGCGCCCUCUUUGACGUGCCUCAGGGCUUGCCCGAGGCGUCUCCCGCCGCUGGUGGCGUGCGCGGCUACAUCAAGAAGGUGGCCAUACCCGCGCUGCCACCCUCGGUACGCGCCACCGCGGAGAGGGCCCUCGAGGACGGCAAGAUCCCUCCCAGCAUGCCCAACAGCUGGCUGCCGCCCACGCCCCAGUCGCAGCAGGGCGUCGUCCUGCUCGGCGACGCCUUCAACAUGCGCCACCCGCUCACGGGCGGCGGUAUGACCGUCGCCUUCAACGACGCCCUCCUUCUGGCCGAGCUUCUCCACCCCUCCCGCGUCCGCAACCUCGAAGACCCGGCCGUCGUCCGCCCCGCCCUCCUCGACUUCUACUGGCGCCGCAAGAAGUACACGUCCAUCAUCAACGUCCUCGCCCAGGCCCUCUACACUCUCUUCGCCGCCAACGACCGCCAGCUGCGCGCCCUCCAGCUCGGCUGCUUCGAGUACUUCCAGCGCGGCAUGACCGACGGGCCCUGCGGCAUGCUCGGCGGCAUCAUCCACAUGCCCUCGGUCCUCGCCUACCACUUCUUCUCCGUCGCCUUCGUCGCCCUGUGGCUCAACGCCCGCACCGUCAUGAGCGGGCCCCUGGGGCCCUUGAAGCUGCCCCUUGCCCUCAUCGACGCUGUCCUCAUCCUGUGGAAAGCGUCGGCCGUCUUCCUGCCGCUCAUCUUUCGGGAGGGCUUCCGGUGAUGAAAGAGGGCUUUGACUGAGUCCUACCCCUCACCUCCCACCCCCCCUAUGCAUUCUGUCAUUGGACACACAUAUCUGGCCCAUUGAGGCUCGAGACUCAACAAAAAUAUCUGCCCUUGCGCGCUCAUCCACCUGGCGUUGGGCGGUUCGUGGUUAGACUACAUGCCCGGGCAGAGGCGCCGGCACUGUACAUUACAAUUAGAGAGGAGUUAAGUUGCGCACUGUGGCAACGAAUGCUAGAUGAUGAACGACGGUGGCGCCAUUUUGGGAGCAUGCAUUGCAUAUACGAUUUUUUUCUAAAUAAUUAUAAUGCCAAGUUGAAUCACACC